UGGCUGUGAGUGAUAAUCGGUCAACCAGAGGACCGGAGGGAGGCAGGAGGGCACAGGGCAGCAUGUUUACAGCUCCGUGCAGUCAUAAUUAGCUGCUCUAAACGACUCACUCGCUUUAUUCGAUUUGUCGCAGACCUCACGCUGGUUUCGCGGCGGUCGUCGACAAUGUUUCUGUGCCGCACGGGGAGGCUUUCUGCAGCGGCUCUGGAUCAAGCUUUGAAGUCAACGGGUUCGUUUCUAGUGCGAGUCAAAAGACUGAGGGACGUCACUGUGACAUUACGCAAGGGGAACACGUUUCAGCGAUACCGGUGUUUCUGUGUGUCCGUCGGAGGCGUCGACACAACUCUUGCGCACCUGGGGAAACAACAACAACCGGACACGCAGCCCGCCCAGACUCGGGACUCGUCGUGUGCUUUACACUGGGAACACUUGGACCGAGUGGCUACUGUAGCCGUGAGUCUCUCCAAGCGCGUGCAAAGUGAAGGCGGUUAUGUAGAUGUUAUCACGCAGCCGCUCGAGCACACUAACAGGCGCCACAGGGGAGAGCCCGUGGGUCAUGGUUUGUUUACAGGUAACUGGCGGGUUUCCAGUCCACUCUGCUCCACGGGGACAAUGCAGACCAGAGGCUUAUCCACGAAGAAGAGCAGCGAGGAGCAGACAGCUGACAACAAAGGGGAUGAGCUGAAUGUAAAGGAGGCCUCUGCUACCUACUCAUCUACAACAAAGGCCCCGGGGGAGCCGGAGCCAGAGGAAGGAAAACCAAACAAGACCCAGCAGCUAAAAAAAGUCUUCAAGGAGUAUGGAGCGGUGGGAGUCUUCUUUCACGUAGGGAUCUCCCUCAUGUCCCUGGGAAUGUUCUACCUCCUUAUAUCCAGUGGGAUCGAUAUGGCAGCCGUGCUGUGCAAAGUGGGCUUCAGCGAGGCGGUUGUUCGGUCUAAAAUGGCAGCGGGGACGAGCACGUUCGUCUUGGCCUACGCCAUCCACAAGCUCUUUGCCCCAGUUCGCAUCAGCAUCACUUUGGUGUCUGUGCCUCUCAUCGUGCGCUACUUCAGAAAGACUGGUCUCUUUAAACCGCCCACACCUGCACCCUGAUGACCCUCCUCUGCUCCUCUGCUGCCUCGCCAAGCAACAAACAUCCUGACUGUUAAUGGCCAUAAUUAAAACUCCUGUACAUAUCCUUACUCACUCGCCUUCACAUAGAAAAGCCUCAUCCUUUCUCAGUUGUCAUUGUGAAUUCAGGUGAAACAUUUCCUUCAUUAGUUCCAGCUGAAGUAGAAUCGAAGUGUUUGGUUGUGUGACUGUAGGAUUAAAACGUCUCAAGUGCAA